AUGGCGGACCUUCGAAUUCUGCUCAUCGGUAACGGCGGCCGUGAGCACGCCCUGGCUUGGAAGCUCAGCCAAUCUUCUCGAGUUGAGCAGAUCUUUGCUGUCCCCGGUAACGGAGGAACUGCUGGAUGCCCCAAGACCUCAAAUGUUUCUUCAGUCAAGGCUGAGGAUUUCGCUGGUCUUGUCAAGUUUUCUCAGGAGAACGGCGUUAACCUCGUUGUUCCUGGUCCUGAGGCUCCUCUCGUCGACGGUGUUGAGGGAUGGUUCCGAAAGGCUGGCAUUCCCUGCUUCGGCCCCUCCAAGGAAGCUGCGCGACUUGAGGGCAGCAAGACCUACUCCAAGGAUUUCAUGAAGAAGUACAACGUUCCCACUGCUGCUUAUGAGAACUUCUCCGACUACAACAAGGCCGUUGCAUACAUCGAUAGCGUCGACCAUGACGUUGUUAUCAAGGCCACUGGUCUCGCUGCUGGAAAGGGUGUUAUCCUUCCCCAGACCAAGGAGGAGGCCAAGGCUGCUUUGAAGCAAAUCAUGGUUGACAAGGAGUUCGGCGACGCUGGCGACGAGGUUGUAAUUGAAGAGCUUCUCAUUGGUGAUGAGCUCAGUGUUCUGACUUUCUGCGACGGCUACGCUAUCCGAUCUCUGCCUCUCGCCCAGGACCACAAGCGCAUUUUCGAUGGAGACCAGGGCCCUAACACUGGUGGCAUGGGAUGCUAUGCGCCUACAAACAUUGCUACCAAGGAGCUUACUGAGCUCAUCGACCGUGAGAUUCUAGAGCCCACCAUCUCCGGUAUGCGCCGAGAGCAGCAGCCUUUCCGUGGUGUUCUCUUCACUGGUCUCAUGAUCACCAGCAAGGGACCCAAGGUUCUCGAGUACAACGUCCGAUUCGGUGACCCUGAAACACAAACUGUCCUUCCUCUUCUCUCUGCCGAUACCGAUUUGGCUGAGAUCAUGCUUGCUUGUGCCAACGGCUACCUCGACAACUGCAAGCUUACCGUUGAGAACAAGUUCAGCGCCACUGUUGUCCUUGCUUCCGGUGGUUACCCCGGUUCUUACCCCAAGGGUAAGGCUAUGUCUGUCCAGACGCCUCCCGCUGGCUGCAACAUCUUCCACGCUGGUACCACACUCGACAGCACUGGUCUCAAGACUUCUGGUGGUCGUGUCAUUGCCAUCAACGCUGUUGGUGACUCGCUCCGAGCUGCUGUUGAUGCUGCCUAUGCCGCUCUUGACCAGAAGGUCAUUGAUUUCGAGGGUGCUUUCUUCCGAAAGGAUAUCGCUCACCGAGCUUUCCGCUCAACUGCUCAGACCUCCAUGACUUAUGCCCAGGCUGGCGUCGAUAUCCAAGCCGGAAACGACUUUGUCGAGAAGAUCAAGAAGGCUGUUGCCAGCACCAAGCGACCUGGCGCUGAUGCUGAGAUUGGUGGCUUUGGUGGUGAGGUUGAUCUGUCUCAAGCUGGCUACCCUCAAGCUCCCAUUAUCGUUGGUGCUAUUGACGGCGUUGGCACCAAGCUCAUGAUUGCCCAGGCAAUGAAGAAGCACGACACAGUUGGUAUCGAUCUGGUUGCCAUGAAUGUCAACGACCUUGUUGUUCAGGGUGCUACCCCUGUCAUGUUCCUCGAUUACUACGGCUGCAGCAAGUUGGACCUCUCUACUGCUGCUGACUUCGUUCAGGGUGUUGCUGAUGGUUGCCGACAAGCUGGCUGUGCCCUUGUUGGUGGUGAGACUGCUGAGAUGCCUGGUAUGUACCAGAACGAUGAUUACGACGCUGCUGGUUGUGCUGUCGGUACCGUUACUGCUGAUAUCAAGCUUCCUCGCAAGGAUGACAUGGCUCAAGACGAUGUCCUCCUCGGUCUUGGCUCCGCUGGCGCCCACUCCAACGGUUUCUCCCUGGCUCGUCGCAUUGUCUCUCGCGCUGGCCUCAGCUACACUGACCCUGCUCCUUGGGACCAGUCCACCACUGUUGGCGAGUCCCUUCUCACCCCUACACGAAUUUACGUCAAGUCUCUUCUGCCCGUCCUCUCACACAUCAAGGGUCUUGCUCACAUCACCGGUGGCGGCCUCGUCGAGAACGUUCCCCGCAUGAUCCCCGAAUCUCUCGCUGCUGAAAUCGAGUUUGGCUCGUGGGAGAUUCCUCCUGUAUUCAAGUGGAUGCGCGAGGCUGGCAACGUCGAGCCCAUCGAGAUGUGCCGCACCUUCAACUCUGGUGUCGGUAUGGUCAUUGCUGUUGACCCUGCAAAGGCCGACAGCGUUUCUCAGGCUCUUACGGAUGCUGGUGAGAAGGUGUACCGCAUCGGCCGUCUCACCCGCCGUGACCAAGGCGAGGCUUGCUUGAUCCACAACGUUGACUCGUGGAAGGCUGAGACUGCUGUGCCUAGCAAGAGGAAGGACAUUGGAGCGUAA